CCAAUUUCCAUUUCUACUGUAAACUGCUAAGUAUAUUGUAUCACUUCAUUCUCUUAGUAAACAAUCUUUUUUUUAGAUCGUAAAAAUAUGGGUGUUUUCCGAAUGAAAUCAUUAGUUCUUAAUGCAAAACAACUAAUUAAAUUGAACAGCAAGCAUCAGGGAGAUGUUCCCAAAGGAUAUCUGGCUGUGUAUGUAGGAGAAGUUCAACGAAAACGAUUUGUGGUUCCAUUGUCUUACCUGAACCAUCCAUUGUUCCAAGAUUUGUUGCGUAGGUCAGAGGAAGAAUUUGGGUUCAACCAUCCAAUGGGAGGACUUACCAUUCCCUGCCAUGAAGAAGCUUUCGUCUGUCUUACUUCCCAAUUGCACAUUUUGUAAUUUGAGGACAAAGAUUGCCAUCCUCCAAAGAUAGUGGAUACAUAGUGUUGUACCUAAAUUUUUUUUUUUUUUCCAUUCUUUUUAGAUCAGAGUAUGAUAGGUGAAGUUGUAAUCUCCUAAAUUAGUUCUGAUUCCAUAUAAAUUGUUGCAACAACCAAAUGAUACUUAAUUGCAUAUAAA